GCCCGGCGGACGGCUGAGUUACACACAUCCCCAUCAUGGCGCUCAGGCGGCGGGCGCUGCUUUUCCUGCUGUUGCUUCCCAUGUUCCGCUACAGAAUCUUGGCUGUAGAGCUGUAUUCCACUAAUGUGAACCCCAUCGUGCAGGAAUUUCGGCGUGCUGAACUUUCCUGCAUCAUUACCACCACCAAGACACUCAGUCCCAGGAUUGAGUGGAAGAAAAUUGGGAGCAAGGAAACAACCUACGUGUAUUUUGACAGCAAGUUGCAGGGCGACUGGGCAAAUCGCGCAGAACUCAACAGCAGGACAUCAUUGAUCAUCCACAACGUGACUCGUGCGGAUAAAGGCAUCUACCGGUGUGAGGUUGUGGCUAAAGAAGAUGCACGUAUUGGAGCUGAGAUCAACAUCAACCUGACAGUUCAUGUGAAACCAGUGGCCCCAAAGUGCCGAGUGCCCCAAUCAGUCCCUGUGGGUAAAUCAGCUACCCUUCACUGCCAAGAAAAGGAAGGCUUCCCAGAGCCAACUUACAGAUGGUACCGUAAUGAUGAAACUUUGCCACUUGACUCCAAAACGAACUCCAAAUUCCAGAACUCUUCCUUCACUGUGAACCCCAAAACGGGCACUUUGGUCUUCAGCGAAGUGCAGAAAGGCGACACGGGCCGUUACAGCUGCAAAGCAACGAACGCCGUCGGUGAUGCCUGGUGUGAGGCACUGGAGAUGGAAAUCUAUGAUCUUAACAUUGCUGGCAUUGUUGGAGGAGUCAUGGUGGUCCUCGCAGUCCUGUUGCUGACAACAGUGGGAAUCUGCUGUGCCUACAGGAAGGGUUUAUUUGUAAAGAAAAAGCAAAAUGGAAACAGCUACAAGACUCCAGCGAAACCAGACGGCGUGAACUACAUCCGUACAGAUGAAGAGGGCGACUUCAGGCACAAGUCCUCGUUUGUGAUAUGAAAUGGCAGAGGAAUCUGGAUUUUGCCCAUCGGCAAGAACGGAAUGCGGGGGAAAACUUCCUUCUGGAACUCUUUACACAAGAGCAGAUAAUGAACAGCAUGUGCGUGGAUGCGCUUUAGAGGGAAAAUGAACAAAUCACCCAUGCGCACACAUGUGUGCAUGCCUUCUACUCUUUUUCUUUUUGCCAAAGUCAAGCAACGAUUUGUAGUUUUUUAACAACCAAACUGGUCUCUUUUUCCCUAGAAGGUUCCAUGUGGAUCAUCGCAGUCCCUCCCAUGGGCAAGGAGGGCACCUUUUUUGUCCUUUGGCAGGCGAAAACAAUUCCAUAAAAAUAGCCAUAAUCCUCCCUGGGAUCACAUCCCUCCAUGCGGCUGGAGAGUUUGGGGCUGCCUCCUGCAAGUGGCUUACCAACUGCCAGGCUGUCAGCUGAAGCGGAAGAAGCCAUCUUAGAAACUGGCUUGCAUUUAUUUUCUAAUUCAUAGGAGCGUUACAAUGACAGUAGAAUGAAAUUCCAUCUAGAGAGAGCAGAAAGGUCUUACUGGCCAGCUAAACGCCUGGCAGCCCAAUCCUAUGAUCCAGCUAAAUCUGCUGCGCUGGUGCAGCUAGUUGGGAUCCUGUACUCACUCAGCAGCUACAUGGGAAGCACCAUAGCAGUGUUUAUUUUUUUAAAGUGCAACUGUGAAAGAGCAGACACUCUCACAAAGCCCUUGUCAACUGCGUAGCUGCCAGCCAAGCACUGUAACUCUUGCCAGUGGUGUCCAUUUAUUAAGCCAUGCACAGAAGGCGCCAAUCAACCCAUGAUGAUGGCAGGAACACCAUGAUGAUGUCACAGCUUCCAGUUCCCAUUCACAAAUAGUACACACAGCGCACAUGAGUAGGCUGCAGCACCUUCCCCCAUCAAAACAUCCCAGGGUCAGGAGGCAACCAUGUAGCACCCACUUUGACCUUUUUGUGCACCACGCCCUAUCACUAAAGUCCCCUAAGUGUGGGGGCAGCAUGAUGUGGCACCAUCUCCUGUGCCUGGAUAUCUACCAGGCCACAUUCCUUGCUGAGGCUUGUAUACUCUUGACACUCUGCUGUGAUUGGCUUCUGAGUUAGUUGUAAUCUUCAUCCUCCGUCGUGGCUGGUGGGGGAAUAGGCAAAGAGGAAGGAGGUGGGGCAGCCAUUGUUCUUUUAGUUAUGAAAAUGUUUUUUUUUUUUAGGGAGUAUAACUUUAUGCCGGUGAGGAAGGCAGAAUUUAGCUCUGAUAGAGGAUGAGAUUUGGCUAAGCUAGUCAUUCCUCUGAUCUUUCCCCAUCUCUGGUCAUCCUCCCCCCCCCCACCUUGCAGUUGAUAGUUCUCAUGCCCUCACAACUUCACUAUGCCAGUAUAAUUUGUGCUUAGUUCACACCCAGGUGGUAAAUGUCAGGUUGUAGGUCUAUAUCUCUCCAUGCCAAUAAUGAAAGAAUUAAAUAAAUAACUCUCACAUAGGAAAGUUAGCAUGUAAGGGAGAAGGCUAGGCUAUAAUCCUCUCUGGCAUGCUUGUUUUCUAUGUGCUGGGAUUUUUUGUUUUUGUAUGGAGAACCAUUUGGUCAUGAGAGCCGCCACCAUCACCCCUACCUGCACUAGGAAGUGGUAUAGGCCUGGAGUUACGCUGGUGUAUGAGAGAUUCGUUAGUGAUCCUACCUUCAUCCAGCCAGUGUAACGUGGGGAUAGGAGUUUUACAUUGUUAGGAUUUCCCCCUCUUUGGUAGGCAUUUCUCUCCUACACAAAGACAAUUGUGUUUGUGUGAAUUUGCUUUAUUUGCAUGGGAGAAUCAUUUGUCAUUCAAUCUUUUGUAUUAUCUAGUAGGCUGAUCAGACAGUAGCUUGUCAGCUCUACCUUGUCAGUUGCCAGUGCCACAAGUUGGUUGUGCCAUCUUGUCCACCCACCCCCAGGUUUUAGCACACCCAAAUUGGGGUUUUAGGGACCCCCACAGCAAAACACUUAAGAAAUCUAGCAAAGGUGGGAUAGAGGCAUGCUCUUUGGAAGUUCCCAUUAGAUGUCUCUGCAACAUUCCGGCAUUUUUUAAACCAGGAGGAUGAGAAUGCUUCUUCCUUGCUUUACAUCGAAAUGCCUCUCUGUGCACACAUCUCUGAAUCCCUCUCAUCUGCAUUAAGCAGUCUUGCCUGUUGUGCCCCCUCUUUCCAUGUCAGUCAAAGCAUCUACAUGCCUCCCUGGAUAGGUAAGUACAAAAAGCCAAUCUUCCCAUCUGUGUGGGGCUAAAAUUCUAACAUGGUACCAGAACUGAGGGGCAAAGCUUUCCUACCGUUUCUUCUUUUGUAGAAUUCCACAUUCUAAUUUUUUUGCAAAGAUAUAUUUUGAUUACUUAAAAAAAAGGGGGGGGUUAAUGUUUUCUAUUUAAAAUGUAAAUAGGUUGGUAGGCCAGACAGUGUUAAGUGAUAAUGUAGCUUUUCUUCUUAAAGGCUUUUUUUUUGUCUAAUGACAGGCAGGAGUUCCUGUGCUGAUUCAAACCAUAUCAGUAUUGUUAACAGAGAGCACAGAAAACUGUAGAAGACAAGCAAGAGAGCAUCUGUUCUCUUCCUGUUUCCCUUUGUUUGGGAUGGUGGUUAGGAAAUGACUUUAAAGACUUAUUGUAAUCUGCAGGAAGACGGAUUUCUCUGCUGUUCCUGCUGAACGAUAAUGGACUGAAAGAACUGUAGAAUUAGUGGCAGGAAGGGGGUGUUUUAUCCAAUGGCAGCCCUCUGAUGCGACUCUUUGAAACUGACAGGAGUUUUAAUGUUUGUGAUACAACAUAGUGCUCAAAGGAAAAGUCCCAAAUCGUCUCAGAAAUGCACAAGCCCUUUGGGACACUCAAGGUAGCUCUAACCUUUUGGAUGCUGCCUUUGAAUCCUGGGCACGCUUACAACAACAACAAAAGUUGUAAAAUGAAGCAAUCUUUUUUAGGAAGUCUAAAGCAGAUCCAACUCUUCCCUCACUUGUCACCUCCCUCUUAAUUUUCAUGAUUCGUCGUUUCGACUUGUAAAAACUCCUGCCUCCAAACUAGAAGAGGUUGAUGCAGGAGUGCAUAUUAAAAAUUGUGCAGCUUUGGGGUUUUUUUUAGUAGUGAUGGUGGCUGCCAACUCACUUAACUGUAAACAGAUAAUUCCAAGUUUGUUGCCACAUGUCCCACAGCCUGGAAGGGUGCUGUGAUGCCAUCCAGUGCAUAGCAAGAGUAAUUCCUUGCUGUGAUUUGGGGUUGGGGAGGAGUGCUUUUCUUCUUUAAAAAGUAUAGUGUACUUUUCAGUGAUGGUGUUUUUAAACUACCUUAAUGGUCUGAACACUGUGGGUGCAGACAAUAUUUUUUAUUAUUAUUAUUGCAUUCUUGAUUUCUGGACUAUUUUGUGUUUUUGUUCAAGGCCUGUAUUAACCUGCCUUGGAAUAUCCAGCACAUUGAAUGGAUUUUUUUCUUUUUUGGUGUGUGUUUUAAAGAGGGUUUGGAGGAGAUAUCACUGGUGCAUUUAGUGUCUGUGCAGGAGCUAGAUCCCUCCCCUCUUCUUCUUUCACUGCCAUCAUCUUUUGAUUCAACCAUGGCUACCUCUAAGAGGCAUUCAACCAAAGUAUAGUUUUUCUUCACUGCCAAAAUGUUUUCCCCCUCUAAACCUUAGUGAUAAAAUAGGGUCGCCUCCCGAAUCCAGACGGUUGUCCCUUCCACCUUGGUUUGCCCACUGACCCUUUUUCUAGGCUGCCCGGCAGAGAGAAGAAGCGGCUUGCAGUAUUAUAAUUUAUCAGAAUGAAGGGCCAGCACCACCCGCCUUUGAGUGUCUUCAACACUACAUAUGGCAUCUGGAUUAACAGUCAUGAUUUGCAAGCCGGAAACUCUCAUUCUGCAAGGUCAUUAGGAUCUUAGCACGGGAAUGGGGAGCCUGUGGCCUUCCUGAUGUUACUGGACUCCAACUCCCAUCAGCCCCAGCCAGCAUGGCCAAUAGUUAGGGAUCAUGGGAGUCCAAUAGCAUGUGGAUGGCCAGUUUCUCUCCAGCCCUGAACUAACAAAUGGUUCAGCCCCUUUGCAAAGCUGCCAGUGCCAGAUUACUGGAUAACUGGAGUGUAGAUAUAAUUGAAACACGGAACUUUGGUUGUCAGUACAUUAUCUAGGGGGGUGGGGAGAGGACUGUUUAGAUAAGCAGCAAUCUGAGGAAUUUAGCAUAUGCCAGCACUGGAUUAGGUUUAGCUAAUUUUGUGCAGCGCUACUCCAUGCGUGUAUGAAGCAGGAGUCUAGAUGGCAUCAUUUUAAGACUGCAGGUACGAGAAAUGAUUUUUGAAUGCCCCUCCACAUCUCUUAAAAAAACAACAAGGAACCACAUCUACCUGUAAUAACCUAUCACCCAGGGAGAAAAAAAAACUAUUUAGUUUACUAUAUGCAGGGAACUUUUUCCUUAGGGAAGGGUUGAAAAGGAGGAAUUUUCCACUUGUACUAUGAAAUCCUGCUGUUCAUCCUACCACCUCAGAACCAUCUCUUUCUGUAGCAGGUCUCUGUGCAGCCAUGAAUCAUGCUGGAGACAGAGCGGUGGAGCAUACCGCUAAUGACCAUCAUUCUUGAAUGCUUCCCUCCCCUGCACACACACAUACCAAGCACUUAGCAUGUAAUAAAUUAGCACUUCAGGAAGCAAUGGUCCCUACAGUCACCUCCUUGAGGUGCUAGCUUAGUAAGUGUGCAGAAUUUUUUUAGAGGGGUCACCAUUUAAACAUGCGACCCUGCUGGCUGCAGUCUAAAGCGGUACAGCCCACCUUUUUACCACUGUUAUCUGUGUAAUAUAUAGGAGAGCUGGCCUAUCAUUGCUUGUUGCCUUCUUCCAAAAUGUGAAAAAGUUAGAACUACAGACAGGAGGGGCUGAUUAGUUGCCUCUUUCCCUUUUAUACCGCGGGCGUGUCUUAGACUGAAGCUACAUCCAGUUUUAAGUUCAUUACAUAAGUGUGGGCUUAAAAGGCUGCCGCCCCAUUCUGCUUGCAUACCCCCACCCCCAAAGAAGAACACGACUAUUCUGGGUUCAAACAUGCACCAGUGGCAUCUCUUCCCAAGUCUGGGAUAUCCACCCUUGAAAUAGCUUCAGAGAACUCAGUGUAAAUAUUUGACAAGUUUGUACUAAUGUGUUGCUUUUAACUUUGCCAAGAAUGUUUUACAUAAAUAUCAAAAAAGAUGUGUGA